GCCGGGUAACGAUAACAUCGGCUCGUCCAAUUCAAUGGCAGAGCAAAACUGGCUUCACCUUCUCCUUCGUCAUCGGACAACAAUGGCGCCAUAGAUAGAACAACCAUUAACCACGUCGAUGAAAGCUACUCAGAAAGGAGGAGCUCGAAACCCUAGUAUGAUUCAACAGAGGGUUAGGGUUAGGGUUGGUAUUGUUAACAGCCAUGGUGAAAAGCUCGCGGGAAUAUUGCAUGAUACAGGUUCUAAAGAGCUCGUUAUACUCUGUCAUGGCUUCCAAUCCUCUAAGGAACGGAUUCCCAUGGUGAAUCUUGCUGCUGCAUUAGAGAAAAAAGGAAUCAGUGCUUUUCGCUUUGAUUUUGCUGGGAAUGGCGAAAGUGAAGGUUCAUUUCAAUAUGGUAACUAUCGAAGAGAGGCCGAUGAUCUUCGUGAUGUAGCUCAGCACUUCAAUGAGAAGAAUCUUGAUAUAAUUGCAAUUAUUGGACACAGCAAAGGAGGAAAUGUUGUACUUUUGUAUGCUGCAAAACAUAAUGACAUUCAUACAGUUGUGAAUAUUUCUGGCCGGUUUGACCUGAAAAGAGGUAUUGAAGGUCGCUUAGGCAAAGAUUUUCUUCAAAGAAUCAAGCAAGAUGGAUUCAUUGAUGUUAAGAAUAAAAGAGGAAAGUUCGAGUACAGAGUGACUGAAGAAAGUUUGAUGGACCGCCUAACUACAGAUACUCGAGGGGCCUGUGAAUCAAUCAAUCACAACUGCAGGGUAUUGACAAUUCAUGGAUCAAUGGAUAAAAUAGUACCAGUGGAAGAUGGUUUCGAAUUUAACAAGUUCAUUUCUAAUCAUAAACUUCGUAUUAUAGAAGGAGCUGAUCAUGAGUACACUUGUCAUCAAGAUGAGUUGGCUUCUAUAAUGUUGGACUUCAUUAAGGCAGGUUUUGGCCAAGAUGGCCAUGUAUCUAUUCGGUCACGAUUAUAGGAUCUACUUCUUUCUAAGAAAAUAUGGACACUGAAAAAAUCAUGUUCCCCAAAAUAAUAGUAAUACAGUAAAAAUUGUAUACGGUUAUAGUGUUGAGACUACACUGGAGUUUAUUUCUAUGAAUAUGAAGAUGUAACAAGACUUAUUUUGACAAUAUAAAGUAUCAUUUUAGAAA